AUGUCUGGAAGAAAUGGGAAUGGAUCCAGCGUGUCACCAUUCAUCAAACCUGAUAGAAUGAGAAGGAAUUUCUUGAGAUCAAGGAUGGGGAAAGGUUCUACACCAAAGCCUGUGGUCAAGAAAGACGAUCCUGAGUUACAGGAGGCCACAGAAAAGUUGUUGCUGCAGAAUGGAGUGGAAGGUGGGAAAGUUAAGGUGAAGGAGGAGACUGAAGACGAAUAUAAUGAAUUUCCAUUACGAGCAGUGGGGAAAGAGGAACUUGAUAAUAUGAGAACUCAUCUAUUGAAGUUUCAAAGCAAAAAAAUCAUCAAUCCUACCAAAGAUUUUCACUUACCUAUUAGAUUGCAUCGUAAGGACACUCGAAAUUUGCAGUUCCAGUUAACGAGAGCUGAAAUUGUGCAGAGACAGAAGGAAAUUUCAGAAUACAAGAACAAACAGGAUCAAGAGGGACUGGGAACCAGAAAAAUGGGCAAUGGAGAAGGCGCUUUAGACGGUGUAACUGCAAACGGUGGAGAGAAAGAUAUACCAACUACUGCAGCGUCAACAACAUCUGAGAUGGCCAGUGCAUCUGCGACAUUUGCAGCACCUACAAACUCAUCAGCUUCACCAACCCCAGCAGCACCUACCGGAUCUGCAUCAGUAAUGAGCCCAGGCACUGCAAUUGGUGACGUUGCCUCAGAUAUUGGAUCAGUGCCAGGAUCUACACCAGCGUAUGCAGCUACAUCGACAUCACCACCAUCCAUGGUCGAUCAAGUUGCUUCUGUAAAGACAGAGAGUGAUAACCCAAAUCAGGAGGCAAAGUCGGUAAUAACCAAAUUAGAAGACGCUGGGCCUGCUGCUGAUCCUACAAAAGUCGGAAUGGUAAAAUAUGAUGGUGAGGAAGUGGCGGAUGAUUUAGAACAGGGUACGGCAGAUCCCUUAGCAGAUGUCGCUCCAGAUGGUGGAGGACGUGCGAAGAGAGGAAACAUGAGAAGAAAAACUCGUCAAUUAAGAGUACUUGAUGAAAACGCUAAAAAGCUUAGAUUUGAAGAGUUUUAUCCAUGGGUUAUGGAAGAUUUUGACGGUUACAAUACAUGGGUUGGUUCAUAUGAAGCUGGUAAUUCAGAUUCAUAUGUUCUUCUAAGUGUUGAGGAUGAUGGAAGUUUUACUAUGAUUCCAGCGGAUAAAGUUUACAAAUUUACAGCUAGAAACAAAUAUGCAACAUUAACAAUUGAUGAGGCAGAAAAGAGAAUGGAUAAAAAAAGUGGUGAAGUACCUCGUUGGUUAAUGAAACAUCUAGAUAAUAUAGGUACAACAACGACAAGAUAUGAUAGAACUAGAAGAAGACUCAAAGCGGUAUCAGAUCGAAGAGCUGCAGAAGAUGAUGAACAUCAGGAUAAUUCAGAAGUUGAGUUGGAUUAUGAUGAAGAGUUUGCAGAUGAUGAAGAAGCACCGAUCAUUGAUGGUAACGAACAAGAAAACAAGGAAUCAGAACAAAGAAUCAAAAAAGAAAUGUUACAAGCAAAUGCCAUGGGUCUUCGUGACAAUGCAGAACAUUCGGAGGAAGAAGACGAUUUAUUUAAUGAGAAAAAAAUAGAUGAAGAAGGUGAAAGAAUCAAAAAAGCACUGCAAAAAACCGAGCUAGCCGCUCUUUAUUCGUCUGAUGAUGAGGAAAUCAAUCCAUAUUUAUCAGAAUCUGAUAUGGAGAAUAACGAACAAUCUGAGCAAGUCAAGAAAGAAGAUUCAGAGGAUUCAAAUACAAAGAAACUUCAGCCAAAAAAGCAGUCCAGUUCUCCAUCAGCAUCACUGAUCAAUAAAGAGCCACAGAUAAGAUUGAAAAGUAUUAAGGACUGUAUUAUUAUAUUGAAAGCUGACAGGAAAAUUCUUAAGAACUUUCCGGAGGGCCAAUGGAACCCCAAAGCUGCGAAGCGGAAAAGAGAAGUCGAUCAAGUGGUACCAAAUGCGGAAGUGGCUAGUAAGAGGAUUAAAGUGGAACCAGAUAGUAUUCCAUUAAUCACCGAACAGGAUAUUAUUGAUGCUAUUGGAGAUGGUCAAGUUAAUGUCAAAGAAUUUGGUAAGUCUAUUAGAAAGACAUAUCCUGGCCCUGAAAAUAAGAAACUGAUGUUUGCCAUAGUGAAAAAACUUUGUAAAAAAGUAGAAAAUAACGGCGGGUAUAUGGAACUGAAAAAAUAA